UGGCGAGUAUCCUUUGGCUUGACACUCAUUCAGAUUAUCCAACUUCCGGUUUGUCCAUCCGCAUCACCAUGCGGUUUAGCCCGCGCUUGGGGUCGACUUGGCUCUUCUUCCGCAUCACGCGAUUAUUUAUCGUACCUCAUGAGAUGCAUGAUGCACAUGUAUGAGCACGAGUAUAACGAGUAUAAAUAGUACAAGAUAGAUAAUCUACGCUAAAAAGGAUGAAACACUUAUAACCUAUAACCAAGCAUAUUUUAUACAAUAUACCAAUUCCAACUUUAGCACUAAAAGACCUAAAGUGUUUAUACGCAUUACUUAUCAGACAGACCCUAGAUUUUGGUUAAAACAGAUAUAUCGAUGUUACUUAAUCCUAAAUAUUCGAAAUAGCAAUCAACAUUCAUUCAAAUCAUGAAAUCGACCAACAUACAUAGAAUAUCAUACCUAGAAUAAACUAACUAAUUAUGCAGGACAUCGACUAUAUCAAUUUAUCAAAUUGACAUAACGACACUAGAAAAUUCUAUUAACUAGCUAAUAGGAAUACUAAGCUUAUUUCUUUCGUCAUCAGCUCGCCCGAAUAUUACUUAAAUUAAUCUAUCUUUCGCAUUACUAACUCUAUCGUACUUCACAUAUAUUUAAUCCUAUCGUGAUGCGACUGCUUCAAAAUCAUGAAAAUAAACACAUCAUAUUCAUCGAACUACUUCAAUAAUUAAGCUAAUGGAAAUUUUGAAUUGGCUUACCAUUCUAAAUCUGACGCGCUAUCCGCGAACACGGCAAGGAUUCUGGUUCAGCUCUUGUGUCGAGCACUUAGGGAAUACCACGCUGCUAGCUUCAUCUUCAUUCGACGCUUGGGAUUUCUUGGGGAUGCACGAACGACGACAACCUUCGCUUGAAGUCUGGAGCAAGCUCGCGAGGACACGAAUUUAGUGAGGGCUCUGGCGAUGACGAAGUCACGAGCAAGGAAAGACGGGUUCAACAGCUCGACAACAAAUGCGAGCACGCGUGAAGCCCGAUGGACGAAGAGCGAACGCACGGAUGGGUCGAACUGGGACUAGAGGACGACGAACGUCAUGGCGGGUUGGAGACCAGAUUUAAUAACGGUGUUGUACCAUGACGAAUAGGAAAUCGACGACCGGCCAAGAUGUGAUCGGCGAGUUGAACGACUCCGAUGAUUUGACGGUAGUCACGACAGCUAACAAGAGGACGCGCGCAGAGAAAAAGCACACCACGAUACCAAGCGCCAUGGCCAGGGCGAGUUCGGACACCAGCACACGCAGCGUUUUAUCGUGUCCAACACGCGCGUCAUGGAUUUGAUAUCGACUGCGAGCAGUUUCGCGCCCACGACAAUGUGAUGGAGGCGAACUGAACAGGGAGCUUCGCGACAGCAUGUGCAGGAACAACGGAACGCUAUGCGCGCAACGAGAAAGCAGAAAGCCACGACAAGGGAGCGCGGCGUGCAGACAGGGCAAGCUGGACGCGCGGCCGACUGGAGCAGCGCGAGCAGAGGACAGGGAGGAACUUGCUAUGGCCAAGCAAGAUCCGGGGCGGCUGGGCAGAAGGAGCAGUUGCGCGUGCGGCAAGCUGGGACUGGGAGAUGGGCAGGGCGCGCGGCACAGGAAGAACGCCGGGAGGAGGAAGAAGCAGCUGGGCUGCGUGGCUGGAGGAGCUUGGGGAAAGGAAAGCCGCAGCGCAGAGAUCAGCACGUAGGGGAGCUCGGCAAGGAGAACCGGCGAGCAGGGAAGAGGGAGCGAGGACGCGCCAUGGCUGGAGCUUGGAGCUUCGGUCGGCUGGGCGAGCUCCGGCGUGUAGGGAGAAGAAGGUUGGGCAAGCUGCUCGGUAGAGGAGGACUGGAGUCUGUCGCGACGAGCGCAGGGCCCCAUGGCGCGGACGCCAAAGCGAGCAGGAACAGCGCGCGCAGGGAACAGGACAGGGGCGCGCAGCUUGGGAGAGCAGGGAGAACGCAGACCGUUGAGCCGGGGCCGGGAGACACGCUUCCGGUGGCCACCACGGCCGGAGUUGGAGGCCGAGGCGAGCAGAGAGAAACGCAGAGGGAGCUGGAAAAUUUGUGCGGAAGAAGAAGGCGCGCGGCCAGAAGAUAAGGCUG